AUGACUGGUUCAACUUUCACGCCCCUACCCCUUGAGCUUUGGGGAUUAAUCGCAGACCAUCUGUCAAAUGCCGAUAUCAAAUCUUUGCGCCUGACUUGUACCCAAGUGAACAAUGCAGUCCCUCUUCGCAUCGACCGAGUUUUUCUUUCCGCCAACCCACUUAACAUAGAAGUCUUUCGCAAUAUUGCCUCACACGAGAAGUUCCGUCAUUCAGUGACCGAAGUGAUCUGGGAUGAAGCACGCUUGCCACGGGGCCCACAGCGAAUGAAUCAAACUGCCCAGGGGCACGAAUUACUCUCAGACGAUGAUGAGCCCAAUAACACCAGAGAGUGGGCUAAAGUCUAUUCCGAGUAUUUCAGAGAAAAUCUCAUGAGCCAGCAUCAACACGACGAAGAGAGCGGAUGUCCCAAAUGGUUCAAAGACGCCUGUGAAGAAAACCUCCGAAUCCUCAGGAGCCGAAAAGGAGCCGAUGUUGAUAGACCUGGGCAUAUUGCAUGCAGAGAGCAGAUCCUCGCUCAGCCUCCGCUAGGGGAGUGCUGGAAACAUUAUCAGCAUUUGCUUCGUCAGCAAAACGAUGUCCUCACCGGCGAUAGCGAUUACGAAGCAUUUUUAUUUGGCGUGAAACAAUUUACUGCUUUGAAAAGGGUCACUAUCACACCAGUGGCUCACGGAUACCUCUUCGACCCGCUCUACCCGACUCCGAUGAUUCGCGCGUUCCCAAAGGGCUUUAACUAUCCCAUUCCGUGUGGCUGGCUAUUCAGGAGAGCGAUAUCAACACCUGCUACCUCGUAUCCGUGGAACCAUUAUCCGGAACUCAGAGAAAGAUACCGCGGAUUCCGCAAUGCCAUGCGUGUGCUAGCCAAUGAACCAAAUUCUGUCUCUGAGCUCGUGAUGACUUCCAACUUUGUCCCCACGGGAAUCAACUGCACAAUCUUCGACGAGCCAUGUGAAGAGUAUGACAACUUUGCUAAAGUGCUUCAGAACCCGGGCUUUCGCCGUCUGGAUAUCUCACUGCUCGUUGGCGGAGAAGAUGAAUCAGACCUUGAACCAUGCUGGCGAUCUUUGCUCAACGGUCGUUUGCGCUGUGCACUCAGUGGUGCAACAGAAAUGGAAGAGUUCAGGCUGCACACCACUUUCGACGAGGAUAUUCAUGCUGGGGAACUAUACCCAGUGAUUCCUCUAAAUGGCAUUGUACCAGUGGAAAAAUGGUCAAAUCUACGCCACUUUGCCCUGUCCGGCUUUGUGAUCUCACAGGACGAUCUCGUCUCGUUCCUCAGCACCCUGCCAACAUCCAUUAAAUCCAUUGAACUGAGCAUGUUGGAAUAUCUUUUUGAUGCGGACUUGUAUACCUUACUGGAAGAGAUUCGGCGAAUGGUAUCCGAGAAGACGUCAUGGAGAGACUCGAAUGCCGCUUCCAGACCCACAAUCACGAUCGGAACGUCAGAUUCGUAUGGGGAGCCCGAGAAUUAUGGAAGGGCUAGUUGGAUUGAAAAGGAGGUUCAUGAUUUUCUAUACGGUGAUGGGGAAAAUCCCAUCGAGGAAUCAUUCCCUCUUCAAUUCCCAGAUGGGACGGGCAUGCUGAAAGACGCAUUUGAUACCAGUUAUCAACGCUCGAACGUGAAAUGGGAUGAUUUAGUAUCGUUGAACAUUUACAAGGAGAGUUUUGACCCAUUCAAAUACUGA